CCUCUAUAAAUAAAGGCUUCCUCUCCCUCUUCGUAACGGUUCUGAGAAACAGAGCGGGCGAAUGGCGAAGGCGCGCAAGUCGAAGAACGCCGACGACUCGAAGCAGGAGAACUCCGGCGCGGUGGUCCGCCACCAGAAGCUCUGCCUCUCUGUCGACUCCGACACUCGCCGAAUCUUCGGGUACACGGAGCUGGAGAUUGUAGUUCCGGAUAUCGGAAUCGCGGGUUUGCAUGCGGAGAAUUUGGGGAUUGCCAGAGUUUUGGUCGAUGGAGAGCCCGCUGAGUUUGAGUACUACCCGCACCACCAGAAUGCUGAUAGUGAGAGGAGAUGGAGCUCCGUGACAUCAUCCAGCUCUGCAGCCGACAUUGCGAGCUCGCUCUAUCUGUCAGCUCUCGAGAAAGAAUUGAUCCCUAACUUGUUGAUCAAUUGCUGCAAGGCUUUCAAGGUUGAAAAUGAGAUGCAGGAACCAUUGGUAGAAAAUGGUUCGCAUUCACUGGCCGAGCCCAACCAGAAUGUGAAGGUGAUUCGUAUUGACUAUUGGGUUGAGAAACCGGACGCCGGAAUUCACUUUGAUGGUAAUGUACUACAUACUGACAACCAGAUUCGAAGAGCCCGUUGUUGGUUCCCUUGUAUAGAUGAAAACUCACAGCGCUGCUGCUAUGAUUUGGAAUUCACAGUGGCUCACAAUCAGGUGGCUGUCAGUAACGGAAAUCUGCUAUAUCAGGUUUUAAGCAAGGAUGAUCCUCCUCGGAAAGCUUAUGUAUAUAGAGUAGAUAUUCCAGUUAGUGCUUCGUGGAUAUCUUUGGCAGUUGCUCCGUUUGAAGUUUUGCCUGACCUCCAGAAUGCUCUUUUAUCUCACAUGUGUCUUCCAGCAAACAUAGCCAAGCUUCAGAAUACCGUGGGAUUUUUCUACACUGCAUUUAGCUAUUAUGAGGAGUACCUCGGAGCAAAAUUCCCAUUCGGGUCAUACAAGCAAGUUUUUAUUUCUCCGGAGAUGACAGUAUCCUCACUUAGCUUGGGAGCAUCCAUGUGCACUUUUAGUUCUCAGAUUUUGUAUGACGGGAAGGUCAUUGAUAAGACCAUUGACACAAGGAUUAAACUUGCUCAUGCACUUGCGAGGCAGUGGUUUGGUGUAUAUAUAACCCCAGCUUCCCCAGAUGAUGAAUGGUUGUUGGAUGGGCUUGCAGUUUUUUUAACGGAUUCAUAUAUCAAGAAACAUUUGGGAAAUAAUGAGGCACGGUAUCGGAGAUUCAAGGCAAAUUGUGCUGUCUGCAAAGCAGAUGAUAGUGGUGCUACUACCUUAAGCUCCUCUGCUUCUUGUAAGGAUCUAUAUGGAACCCAGUCCAUCGGUUUCUACGGCAAAAUAAGAUCGUGGAAAUCUGUUGCAAUCCUUCAAAUGCUGGAGAAACAGAUGGGGCCCGAGUCUUUUUGUAAAAUUCUGCAGACCAUAAUUUCGCGGGGUUUGGAUGCUACCCACCCCUCCAGAACUCUGAGUACAAAAGAGUUCCGCCACUUGGCCAAAGAGGUUGGAAAUCUUGAGCGCCCAUUCCUUAAGGAAUUCUUCCCUAGGUGGGUAGGAUCUUGUGGGUGUCCACUACUAAGGAUGGGGUUUUCCUAUAACAAAAGGAAGAAUAUGGUUGAAGUAGCUGUCCUCAGGAGUUGCACAGCUAGACCAGAAGUAGAUGCUCCAUUUAAUGCUAAUGCCGACUCUGAAACACAAGAAACUGAUAUUGGAUGGCCUGGGAUGAUGAGUAUCAGAGUGAAUGAGCUGGAUGGUAUGUAUGACCAUCCAGUUCUUCCAAUGGCUGGGGAGAUAUGGCAGCUAUUGGAAAUACAGUGCCAUUCAAAGCUUGCUGCGAGACGAUUCCAGAAGCCCAAAAAAGGUGCAAAAGCUGAUGGAUCUGAUGAUAAUGGUGAUGUAGCACCAGAUGCCCGUUCCAGUUCAGAAUCUCCACUGCUAUGGGUUAGGGCUGAUCCAGAGAUGGAGUACCUGGCUGAAAUUCAUCUAAAUCAACCUGUUCAGAUGUGGAUUAAUCAGUUGGAGAAAGACAAGGAUGUUGUUGCCCAAGCACAGGCUAUUGCAGUCUUGGAACAGUUGCCACAUAUUUCAUUUUCAGUCGUAAAUGCUCUUAACAAUUUCCUCUGCGACUCAAAGGCCUUCUGGAGAGUUCGAAUUGAGGCAGCAUUUGCUUUAGCAAGUACAGCAUCUGAGGAAACUGAUUGGACUGGGCUGCUCCAUUUGAUAAAAUUUUACAAAGGUCGUAGGUUUGAUGCCACCAUUGGGCUUCCCAAGCCAAAUGACUUCCGCGAUAUUCCGGAGUAUUUUGUUCUUGAGGCUAUUCCCCGUGCUGUUGCCAUGGUGAGAGCUGCCGAUGGAAAAAGCCCGAGAGAAGCUGUUGAAUUUGUUUUGCAACUUCUUAAGUACAAUGAUAAUAACGGUAAUAUAUACUCCGAUGUGUUCUGGCUUGCGGCCCUGAUUGAAUCUAUUGGCGAGCUCAAAUUUGGUCAACAGAGUAUCUUACUCCUGUCAUCUCUUCUCAAGCGCAUUGAUCGGCUUCUGCAAUUUGAUAGGUUAAUGCCAAGCUAUAAUGGGAUUUUGACAAUAAGUUGCAUCAGGACAUUGUCUCAGAUGGCACUGAAGCUCUCAGAAUUCAUACCCCUUGAUCGUGUGGUUGACCUUAUUAAACCCUUUAGAGAUCUGAAGACAAUGUGGCAGAUCCGGGUUGAAGCAAGCAGAGCUCUUCUGGAUCUUGAGUUUCAGUACAGGGGCCUAGAUGCUGCAUUAUCAUUAUUUAUCAAAUAUUUGGAGGAAGAGCCAUCCCCAAGAGGUCAAGUCAAACUGGGAGUGCAUGCUAUGCGAUUAUGUCAGAUGAGAGGGUCUUCUGAUUCUGAUGAUGAUAUCAACAGUUCGAAUCUUGUUGCCCUGGUUCAUCUGCUCGAGGGUCGUGUGGCCUUUAACAAUGUCUGUCUUCGUCACUCUCUAUUCUGCAUCUUACAGAUCUUCGCGGGAAGGCUGCCUACGCUGCAUGGAGUGCCUAGAGAUAAAACACUGCACGUCGGGGAUGGAGAAACCGGCAAUGAACAAAGGAACAUUUUUGGGGCUUUGGUCACCGAAACAAAGCCACCUCCCUUGGAACUCCCUCCUGAGGAUGCACCGAAUCUUUCAUCCUUGGCCGUCCCAGAAACUGCCAAGGAACCUGAUACUGUUUCGAGUUGCCAUGAGCAGCAACAGAGAAAGCCUCUUGUAAAGAUCAAAGUGAAGAGAUCAAUUGCUUCCAGCAGGGGUGAGGAGGGCGCUGAUAAUCAGACGGUUGAGAAAUCUCAGGGAGGAGGGAUCAAUGAUCAUGGUGCUAGUAGCUCAGUUUCAGUGGAUGCACCACAGAGGAAUAUCACCGAGACUGUGAGCAUGAGCAACAAUCAGAAUAACCUCGAAGAAGUAAACUCGUGUCAUGACCUGGGUUCUAGAGUGACCGCUAGCAUAGGUAGUGUGAAAGUUGCCGGUGAGGGUGAAGAUCUUGGGAAGGAAUUUCAGUGCACUGCUGAUUCAAGUAAGGUCACAUACAUCUCACAGCUUCAAGAGCCUUCAUCACAAGGUCUUCUCGAAGACAGCAGUUUAUGCCUAGCCCCCGAAACAGUUGCAUACUCAAAUUUUCCAACAACCUCAGCUGUUGGGAAUCAUGACAACAACUCGGUUGCUGGAGCGGAGUCUCCUCAUCGUGGGAAGGACAAGGAGAAGAAAAAGAAGAAAGACAAGGAAAAAAAGCGAAAGCGGGAUGAUCCUGAAUAUUUGGAACGUAAGCGUCUGAAGAAGGAGAAGAAACGGAGAGAGAAGGAAAUGGCAAAGCUCUUGAAUGAUGAGAAAAAGACGUCUGCAAUUGAAUUCCCGAGUAAAAUUUCUGGGGAGGAUAAAGCUAAGGAACCCGAGGUUCAGCCAGUUACUGCUCAGAAGAAAACAAAUGAAGUUGGCAAUUCGAAUGCAGUUCUCACAAAGGUUGAUUCCCGUCCGGAGGGAUCGGAACCUGCCAGUGCUGCUACAAAGAUUCGGAUUAAGAUAAAGAACAGGCCACUGAGCAAAUCCUAGUGAUAUUUUGAGUUUUUGUGAUAUUUCGAGUUUUGCUCCAUGCUGAUUUACUUCAAGUAGCUAUGAGUUGAAAAACUCGAAAGAAUUUUGUUCAUCUAUAAAAUAUACGGCAAUGUGCAGAAGUUAAAAGAGUAUUUCGUAGUCUCCUCUAGUGUCCUGUCAAUAACUAUCUGUAAGGAGCUGUGCUCGACACAAGAAUCCCACCCCCCUUUCCCUUAUCCCGUGACCAAUCUUAUUUAAGUGUGGAGUUUGCAGGAUUUCAA